UUCCUUGUAGUUUCUCAGGCACCUCCUGUGGGAUUAUAUGAUGUGAAGGGUCAAACACAAGUAUCUGCAGCAGCUGGAUUUGGCAAAGGAAAGAGAUUUACUGAACUGAAAGGUAAUUCUUAUAUGUGGAAGUACAAUGUGCAGCAAAACAAGCUGAUACUUGAGUGUAGCGUUCAUCACAAAGAAAUAUUUAUGUGCAACACAAGAUCUGUUUUCACUGAUAUCCAGGGAUUAUUCACCUUAAGAAUAAAAACCUUCUUCAAUUAAAGUCUCAACAUUUUGUCUGUUACCAAAAGAAUAUCUUUAAUGCUUGGGUCAUGUACUGUCCAAGGGAGGGUAUGGUGGUUUUGGAGAGUAGAUAGAUUAAGGGGAUCUUUAUGGGAAAAUGAAAUGCAAUUGAACUCAUUUUGCACUGCAAAUUCACCCUUAUUCUGGAAUUGUCUAACCAAAGUAGCUAGACAUCUCUCUUACACCUAAUUUUAAGUAUUGAUGUAUGAUUAGUAAAAUCUCAGCUUGAUCAUUAGAAAAAAUGAAGCUAAAAAAAUCUGGUUAUGUCAGUUUUCUCUUGACAGGGGUAUAUUAUCCAAUGGAACUGGGGUAAUAGAGACUCAGUGACAGCAUGGUCACAGCAAUGCAACAGGGAUAAAAAAACAUUUGGGUCAGUCAUGACAGUGUUAUCACUGUUCUUAGCCAAGACAAUCAACUUUUAUGGUGCUUCCUUCCACCCAAGAGAAUGAAUAUUUUUGCUAUACCUAAAUUUUUGGUUUCACACACGAGGCUGAUUUUUUUGUUUCUGUCAGAUUCAGGUUUGUCUUCUGCAACCUGUGGGAAAAGUUUUCUGGGUGAGUAAGAUAUGCUAAUGUCUUUAGCUGAGUGAUUUUACUUCCAAAGUUAUGUGAUUCAAAUUGUUACAUAGUUAUGUUGAAAAGGAAUUUCCACCCCACAAAGUUAAAGUAACACCUCAUAUCACUGACUCACUUAUCACCACAAAGUGGUUGGUGUAUAAUAGCUCUGUACUGCCACCAUUCAGCUCUUUUGGCGAGCUGCUGCACUAUACCCUCCAUGAUACUUGUUCAAUCCAGCCAAUGAUACCUCAGAUAUGGUGCGAAACCAAGCCAAUACUAGAUAAAAACUGUAAUUGUUUCAGUCCAUAAGCACACAAGAGCAUCUAGGGCACCUGAUAUCUUUGAUAUUACUAGCCCUCUCAUUCCAAAGAUAUCAUUAGUAAUUCUCCUUACUGUCUGCUAUACAGUUCUUAUUAUGUAAGUUUAGAGAAUUUGGAAUUGGAUCAACUGAUAAUCCUCUAAUUGAUGUUUUUCUUUAUUCUCGUCCCUAAUAUCUGCUUGAUAUUGUGUUGAUAUUGUAAAGAGAAAUUCUGUAUUGGUCACUCAUGAUAGUUAACCCUUUCACUCCCAAGAUCUAAUUAGUAAUUCUCCAUACUAUCUGCCAUACAAUUCUUAUGAUGUUAGCUUAGAGAAUUUGGUGUUGGAUCAACAAAUAAUCCCAUAAUUUAUAUUCUUCUCUAUUCUCAUCACCUACCUGCUUGAUAUUGUAUUGAUAUUGUAAGGAGAAAUUCUCUCUUGGUCACUUGAGGGGGUGAAAGGGUUAAAGAGUUAGGUGUUGAGUUACAGGAAAUGUUUAGGGAUGUCUGCUCAUGGAUUUCUCUGAACAUGGUCUUUGUUUUCCAGUGUUUUUGUGGUUAAUUUCUACUGAAAUACAUGUGGUCCUGUUGAAACAGUAGAUUCUUUGUUUGAUAUUCUCUCACAGAUAUAAGUUCUUGUAGCACAUCAAGUCGGAAUGACAGUAAAUGCAGUGUAAGUGGAGGUUCUCUAUAGAUUGUGGCUUUUUUUGAAAGUUUUCAACAUCCAUUUAAGAUUUCAGAAUUUACAAUAAAGCAAAUUACUUUCACUCCAAAUGUAGCAAUUUGCCACACCUCUUCCCUUUAAAAAGAAGAGAAACAUAUCAACUUCUACACCAGACACCAGAGGAAAAGAUCAUUUUAAGAAUAAUGCAGCAGUGGAAACUGAGGUAGGUUGUGUACAAUGUAAUAUAUUGCAGAACUAAAUCCAUACCAUGUACUGGAUAUUUAAUCACUGGAUGACAGUCUAGAAGUAAAGCAAUGACUCACAUUGUGGCUUUCAGUGAGUUUUUCAAAUUACGGUUCUUCAAUCACUUCACUUAUUAAAAGCCUAGUUAGAAACUGAGAACCCUCAGGGCAUGGCAGCUUAGAGCUUUCGCUGCAAUGCUACACUGCAUGUGAGUUUUGUAACUUUUGGUGAUGUUUACAUGAUCACAUAGGUGUCAGAACUUUUGUCAGAGAAGAUAGAACUUGAGGACAAACUAUGUCAGGCUCAGCAGGAUCUUCAGCACUUGGAAAAUAAGCUUCAGGUACAAGAAGUUGAAUUUGAUGUCUGCAUUCAAACCAUUCCAUCCAUGAAGGGCCUAUCCUGAUUUCUGUAACAUGAAGCAAACAGGAGUGUUGCUUCCCCUCCCAGAUGGGUUGUUAGCCCUGGGGAGGUUGCCCUCCCUCAAAAACAUUUGCCAGGUUUGUCAGCAACUGUCUUAAAUACAGUCAAACCUUAAUUACUCCAACUUGUGGGGACUGGUCAGAAUAGCCCCAGAUAACAUUCAACAGCUUUGGAAAGUGGAACAAAUUCAGUUCCAGCAGAACUUUCAUUACAUUUGCUUUAAGGAUUGCAAAUGUAACUGAUUAGUGAUAGGACUAGAGAAGUGAGUCUGGAUAAUUUAAAAAAAUUCAGAUAAUCAAGGUCCAGAUAAUUGAGGUUUGACUGUAUUCCAUUUUGGAGAAGGCCAGUGUGAGGGUAAAGUCUUGCCCUAGAACACAACACAAUGACCCAGCCAGGUCUUGAACUCAGACCUCUCCACACAGAGUCAAGCCUGGUAACCAUUAGGUCACCCUCAUAAUUUAUCAAAAUCUAUAUCUUAACCCUUAACACCGUAACAUCAUUCUGUAUAUUCUCCAUACUGUUCUGUAUACCUUUCCUAAACUGCUACUAGGGGGAAUUUGUUUAAUAAUCAAGAGCUUCUUUAGGUUAGUGAUCACUUCUUUUAAUCUCCCCACUAUUAAUGUUUGAUUCAGGGGCGACAUUGUAAGGAGAAAUUUGAUGCUAGUCACUCUUGAGGUGAAAGGGUUAUACAGCAAGCUUCAUGAUAGACAGGCUGAUAAUGGCAUGUUAGCAAAGUAACAUCUUCCCAACAAGUAAAUUGGAAAGAACAAUGAACUCGAUUUUGGAGUAUUUUCCUGUUUAUUUUUUAGUCUACCUUGCAAGAAAAAGGUAGCCAUGAAUCUUCCAUUGCUGACCUUCAUAGACAACUCAAAGAAUUAAGGCAAGAAAAUGAUAUGCUGCUGGAGAAAUUACAAGUAAGUGAAACAGGCAACAAUUGGAUCAUUUGUAUGUUGUGUUUAUCUCAUAAAGUUAUAUAUUACUUGAAUUCUGAAACAGGUCAUCACAACAACCAACAAUAGUAUAGAAUCAUUAAAGGAGGAACUAACUGCAGUCAAGCAGCAACUACGAGAUAAGGAUGGGGUGAGUUGGAAAUUAAUCAGUGAAAGUGGAAAUCCAGGGUUUUUUUUCGUUUGAUUUCAAGAAGGGAAUCAAAGAAAAAAUGAAGUUCAUAAUGGUAUUAUUAAAACUCUAGUUAUUGAGGGGGGAAUGUCUUCUAAUUGUUUGUUUAAAUGUCUGUCUUCAUUCUUUCUGGCUCACCACUGUGAAGCUUGUUCAAAAUGACUAGAAUACCAUGUGUAUUGAUCAUGAUCCUGUGUAUGAUCAUGUGUAUGAUCAGGUCCAAAAAACCUAAGUAAACAUAAAGGAAGGAAAUCUGCUUACUUUUGCUACCAGUUAACUCAGUCCAGUCCAAUAUGUUAUAACUAUUAUUAUUAAACUGAUAUGAUUUGAUAAUAUUUGGGUAAUGCUUUCAUAUGAAGUUUUUUAUAUUGGAGGUUUGUGCUAUAUGUGGGUGAAAUUUGACAAACAUGAUUUGUUUUAACCAUAGGUUAUAUCCAGUCUUAAAUUUGAACUGAGCUGUGCAGCUCAGAGCUCAAGAGCUGACUUGGAUUUGGAACAGGACAGAAACAGAGUUCUCAAUGAGAGAAUUUCACACUUAGGUUUGUUAAUGGAGACACUACUGAAUAGACUUGAAAAAGCUUGUUGUCUUGCUGUCCCACUGCAUAUUAUAUGAAGCAGAAAGUACUCAGGAAAUUAUAUUUUCUUUGGAAAUUGUUUGUUUUUUAGCAUCCUUGUUUUGGAAAAGAUAGAGCGUUGAACCUCCAGAGAAUUUCGUGAUAUGCAAUAGGUAGUUAUUACCAUAUGGCAGGAUAAAGUUCUGUUGUUCCCAAAUUAUAUUUAUCAGUGUUCAUCAUAAAACAUAUUCGCUCCAGAAAGUUGCCAACAUUAACAAAUAAGUAUUGUAUCUCACUUAAAUUCAUUUUAUAGAAAUUGGUUGCCAUCAAAAUGUUGUUUAUUCUUUACUCCUCAAUUUGGCUGAGUCAAUAUUAAGUAUUUUAUUUAAAAAUUGAUGUCAUGUUUGUAAUACUUGCAAGUGCUUUAGAUAAUCCCUGAUCAACUGUAAUAGUCUGUGGCUCAAGGAUAAUGGUUUUGCUUUUAGAGAAGACAGUUUCAGAGGUAACACAGGACAGAGAUGAAGUAGAAAAAGCAAAUCAACAACUCCACAGUAAGUGAUGGUUUUCCUUUAGGAAUUGCAAAGGUUUUCACGCAUCUUGACAUUUACACAUCCCUUCUCCAAUUGACCACAUUUUUAGAACUGGUUGCUAGUCUUAGAAGAGAUAACAUGGAUUUCAGAACAAAACUUGAUGAAACUGAAGAAAAACUAGAGGUAUGCAUAGUUACAAACCUUCAAUGAUCCAACUGGGGUAUCAGCUAACUUACAAAAGCUUGCUAUUUCUACCACUUCUACGAUUCAGGAAAGAAGACCCCUUGUCAAAGCUUCUCAUUAUUUUUCCCAUUUCAUAGAGGUCAUACUAAUAAAUUUUACCUGAACAUAACUUAGGGUGUCUGUCAGAAAUUGAAGACUGCCAUAAAAGCAAAUGAGGACAAAGUUCUUCCUCUUGAAGAAAUGUUGAGCAAAGAAAUGCAGGUAUGAAAUUAAAAGUGUUCAUGGACUCAUCAACUACCUUGAGUGUGAUAAGCACCGCUUGUAAAUUUGUCGAGAUCUCUGUUCCCAUUUCCUCUGUACUCAGUGUUUUGCAGUCAAUUAACAACAAUGCAUCACCUACAAACGCCAGUCCCAAUAUUCAUUGUUAAUGACUAUGAUGAAGGUGUUGCAGAUGUGAAGUGCCUAGGUGCUACUGUUUGUUAUAACUCAGACUGUCUGAAAAUAACAGGUUUUAAAAGUUUGUAUGAUUCACAGUCUGAGAUAAAUACUUCCAAUUGAAGUUAUUCAGAUAGAGGAGAUGCAUAUCAAAUAAAUGCAAUUACUUUUGUGUUAACUUUGCAACUCAACUCACUUACAAGAUAAUAUGCAAUUUGCAAAUGUCUUCUAUCUCUAGAAAAGUCAAGAACUUGGUGAAAAGUUGGAGUAUUCCUUAAGACAGAGUGAGGAGAAUUUUACCAAAGCACAGUCUACAAUUGUCCAACUACAAGAGUCAAAAGAAAAUUUGGAAAACAAAAAUCGAGAUUUGGAGGCUAAAGUGUUUGAGUUAAUUGAGAAAGAACAGUCUGCAGAAGAAAGGGCGAGGUACUUUGUGACACAUUUUGACAAGAAGAUUCACAUAGACUUACAUUAUAAAGACAGAAUCAGUCCAAGCUGGUUGAAUCAUAAAUUGGUUGGUUUUUCUUUUAUGUCAGUAAAUUUGCAAAUAAAAGCUACCGUAAUAAUAUUUAAGUUUUUAAUUUUUUUUUUUUUAAUGAUGUGACCUCUAUAGUGGUCCUAACAAAGUUGUGAGUUUUUCUCUCAAAAAAUGUACAGGAUCCCUUAUCUAAUUAUACUAUUUUACUAUUUCUGAUUUUUGAAACUGUAGGCAUUUGUCUGUGGAGAACAUUUCAAUUGAAAGUAGGCUUCAGAAGUGUGAAAGUGAUUAUGAGCAGAGACUGUCCAUUGCCAACGAUCAAGUGGAAUCGUUGCAAAAAGAAUUUCACAGGUUACCAUAUCAACAACUUAUUUUAGGGCUCAUUGCCAUCCAGUGGUGUCUUCGGAAAGCUGAGUCCUUUCUCCAUAAGAUGCCAUGGAAUGGUACUCCAUCUUUUUCAGCCUCAGGCCACUUGUGGUCAUUUUAAUAAAGUCUUCCCUGGCAGUACCUUGAAAGCAUCCACUCACCUCCCUUAUGGUCUCUUUCUCCCUCUUUUCCUGUUCACUUGUCCAUCUAGAAUAUCUUUACAAAUCCUGGGUUGAUAAAUGAUAUGACCACUGUUAUAUUUUCAUUUGUUUGAUAACUCUUUGUGUCCGUCCUUUUCUGCCCAACCAGCAAAAUAUCCACAUUUCAAAUGCCUCCAUUCAAUAUUCAAGUGCCUAUUAUCUCUUUGACACUGGUUUGGUAGUAGACAGCCAUUGUUUAUUUGCAUCAUGGAAGUUUGCAUUUAUUGUAGGUAUGAGGAAAUGAUGACAGAGAAUGUAAGAUCACUGACCGACAAAUAUCAAGAUCUAGAGGAUUCUUACAGUAAGCUGUUAUAUAGUUAAAAGUUUGAUUAGUUUUUGGUAGUUUGGGAGAAAAAUUGAAAUGAAAGAUGUGAACAAGUCUGUCAUGUUAUUAAUUUGCAUAAUUUACGUUAGGAAGUCAACUUCUUAAUUAGGCACUGACAUUUUUUAUUUUAGCUUGCUUUCAAUCUGAGGCUGAGAAAGAGAAGAACUUGAUUUUAGCUGAGUUAGAAGUAACAAGACAGUCUUUUCAGAAAAGGUAAGGCUUGUUUCACUUUACAGUGAGGAGUUGUGUGAGUGAAGUGGUUUUUGUAAGCUUGAACCUGUCCAGCAUCAAAAUCCAGUGUCUCAGAUGUGCUAAAAUUUUAUGGCCAGUGCAUAUUUACCACUGAGCUACUGGAGACUCUAUGGUGAGCGAGGGUCAAUUUGUGGGCCUCGACUGGAACCGCAUCGCGCGGCUACACAGCCAAGUAUUGGUAAGCACCUGUGAAAACUCACUAACAGCAUCACGCUGUCACAUUAAGGCAUAUCAAGAUGCGGCCAACCAACCUCCAAAGUGAGCAUAUAAAGAUGAAACAAUUUUUUAAUAGAAAAAAUCCGAGCCCCAGAUGGGACUUGAACCCACGACCCUCCGUGAUCUAGUCGGAUGCUCUAACCACUGAGCUACUGGAGACUCUAUGGUGAGCGAGGGUCAAUUUGUGGGCCUCGACUGGAACCGCAUCGCGCGGCUACACAGCCAAGUAUUGGUAAGCACCUGUGAAAACUCACUAACAGCAUCACGCUGUCACAUUAAGGCAUAUCAAGAUGCGGCCAACCAACCUCCAAAGUGAGCAUAUAAAGAUGAAACAAUUUUUUUAAUAGAAAAAAUCCGAGCCCCAGAUGGGACUUGAACCCACGACCCUCCGUGAUCUAGUCGGAUGCUCUAACCACUGAGCUACUGGAGACUCUAUGGUGAGCGAGGGUCAAUUUGUGGGCCUCGACUGGAACCGCAUCGCGCGGCUACACAGCCAAGUAUUGGCCUCGACUGGAAACAAAAUAGAAAAAAAUCCGGCCAACCAACCCCAGAUGGGACUUGAGCCCCAGAUGGGACUUGAACCCCGACCCUCCGUGAUCUAGUCGGAUGGCUAACCACUGAGCUACUGGAGACUCUAUGGUGAGCGAGGGUCACCUCGACUGGAACCGCAAAGCCAAGUAUUGGUAAGCACCUGUGAAAACUCACUAACAGCAUCACGCUGUCACAUUAAGGCAUAUCAAGAUGCGGCCAACCAACCUCCAAAGUGAGCAUAUAAAGAUGAAACAAUUUUUUAAUAGAAAAAUCCGAGCCCCAGAUGGGACUUGAACCCACGACCCUCCGUGAUCUAGUCGGAUGCUCUAACCACUGAGCUACUGGAGACUCUAUGGUGAGCGAGGGUCAAUUUGUGGGCCUCGACUGGAACCGCAUCGCGCGGCUACACAGCCAAGUAUUGGUAAGCACCUGUGAAAACUCACUAACAGCAUCACGCUGUCACAUUAAGGCAUAUCAAGAUGCGGCCAACCAACCUCCAAAGUGAGCAUAUAAAGAUGAAACAAUUUUUUUAAUAGAAAAAUCCUAGUCGGAGCCCCAGAUGGGACUUGAACCCGACUGGACCCUCCGUGAUCUAGUCGGAUGCUCUAACCACUGAGCUACUGGAGACUCUAUGGUGAGCGAGGGUCAAUUUGUCGGAUGCUCUAACCCUCGACUGGAACCGCAUCGCGCGGCUGGAACACAGGCUACCAAGUAUUGGUAAGCACCUGUGAAAACUCACUAACAGCAUCACGCUGUCACAUUAAGGCAUAUCAAGAUGCGGCCAACCAACCUCCAAAGUGAGCAUAUAAAGAUGAAACAAUUUUUUUAAUAGAAAAAAUCCGAGCCCCAGAUGGGACUUGAACCCACGACCCUCCGUGAUCUAGUCGGAUGCUCUAACCACUGAGCUACUGGAGACUCUAUGGUGAGCGAGGGUCAAUUUGUGGGCCUCGACUGGAACCGCAUCGCGCGGCUACACAGCCAAGUAUUGGUAAGCACCUGUGAAAACUCACUAACAGCAUCAGUGCAUAUUUGGCGUCGUAAAAAACAUUUGAAAUACAAGAAAAGAUUUAUGUUGAGCAGGAAUUCUGUCAUUGCCGGAAAAAAUAUCAUGAGAGUUGUGCCUGCUGUUUAGUCGACAGGAAAGUGAUCAGCGACUGAAGACUUGUGUCUAUCUCACACAAAAGAAUGAACAGCUUCAAGAGGAAUGUGAUGGACUUAGUCAACAAGUGAAUUGUUGGAAGGUACACUAUCAACCGUCUUGUGUGGCGUUAUGAUUAUUUUUUUAACAAAAAGCUAUGCUAUAUUACCUUGACGACCCCAGUUUACCCCUCAAAGUCUUAAAGCAACAGUUAGAAACAGUCUCUUUGGAAAGUUUUUACACUUCAUUUAUCUCCUUCUGUAGUUAAACGCCAUGAGCUUGGCAGGCUUCCUGGUCAGGGAUCAUUGUCAGUAGUGCAAGCUCAUGUGAAAUGUUGCAACUACAGCUGGCGUCUUUAAGCUCUUGAUCAGUCUUGCAUGCGUAAUAAACCCUAAUAGCCCAGUUUUGAAGCGGUUGUUUUCGAGCGUUUGCUCACCUCGUCCUCUCUCUUUAUAUAUUUCCUUUCGCUGAUCCAAUCAGUGUUGAAAAUUGCUUGAGAUGGGCACUCAUGACUGGGUUGCGGAGAUUUGCCAUCUAUAGCGGUGGUAUUUUUUCCGAAGGUUGGCUGGACUCGUGGAAAGUCCCAGCAAUGUCCAACCUUCUAUUUCAACGAGGCAGUGAUUCACAGACAAAAAAGAAAAGUUCUUUUUCAUCCAUCUAGCUAGUAACAAUCUGAGCCCAAUCUGACGCUAUCCAAAAAAUUGAUCGCUAUUCACCGGAAAAAAGAUUUGUUCAGUGGAUAGCGUUUUUUACCCCUCGAACAACCGAGGCCCGGGUUCGAUUUCCGCGUUUACCCGUGUCCUCUAAAAGAAAUGUCUUUUAUGAGAGGAGCUCGGGCAAAUUUCCCGAAAAAAGCUUUGUAACCGGGCUUAAACACUCUGACGUGCUAAAAAAAAUGUGUUUAUUAUCAUUUAAUUUUACUGCUGAUUUAGACUGAAGCUGACUCUUUGCGAAAUAACUUAUCCAACUGCCAAAGAGAGGUCGAGCGCGCUAAGGUAAGCUUGGUUUGAUCUUUGCACAACCUCGAGCGAAUUUGAUCGGUGACAAAAACGUACCUUAGUGUGGGGAGGGUCUAAGCGCGGAAAUACCCCCUCUAUUUCAAUGAAAAGUUACAAUCUGGCAUGACCCCUAAAUCCUGGUAAGACGCUGGUUAAGACUAUCGAUCUCUACUGUAAGCUCCUACGUUACCCCGCUGUGUCAAGAAAACUUAAGAUGUAACCUCGGUGAAUAUCUUGUUAAUUCUUAUCCGCAGGAAAACAAUAAAAGAGUCUGAUUUAUAUGUUUAUGUUGUGGUUCAAUUUUAUCCUUGGUUCAAAUUUCAUUUUCUUUUGUUUUUGGGUAUUGUAGUGUAUGAUAAUGAGUUUGAAACAAAGGAAAAUAAAAUUUGAACCAAGGAUAAAAUUGAACCACAACAUUUACAAAUGAUUGUUCGUAAGCACGAUUUCAAAUUAACACGGUCAAAUGAAAGGACGCAUGUGUAGAGUUUGAGUUAGCCGAUCGUCAUCGACUGUUGACCAAGGUCCGAGCCAGUGAGGAAAUUUGAAAUUUCCUCCAGAUAGCGAGUAGUUUUCAAUGCUAGUCCCUAUAUUUUGUUUGUUAACUUUGUACUUCUCUCAUUGAAUGUCUUUUUAGGCUGAGUUGGAAGUGGCCAAAGAAGAACUGACAAAAAAUAUGGAAGAAACAGGACUAGCUAAGGCUUGUCUGAGAAAAGCACUAGACGAGGUACCUCCAUAGAGUUGUCAUCGUUGAUCAAUUCCUGAUUUCUCCAUUCUUUCCUUCGUAUGUGUCACGUUAGCGAAUGAAUAGAGUUUAACAUCGGCUUGGACUGAUUUCGUUUCCUGUUCUCUUCCCAAGGCUAACAACACCAUCGAUAACCUCAUCAAGAGAGAGGAGACCUUAUCUCAGAAAUUACAACUCAUGGAAAGGUUUGUCUUUGUACAUUUACUAAUAUCAGCCCUGUGGCUCUUUGUUGCAGACGCGGUGUGAUCAGCGCGCGUGAUCAAUGCGUGGAACUCCAGAUCGAGAGGUCUAGGUUCUAGCUCAGGCUGGGUUAUUGUGUUCUGUUUUCUACGUUCUUGCAAAUAAACUUUACUUCCUUAGCGCCUCUCUCUACACAAGAGUGUAAAUGGGUAUAAUUAAACUGUCAGGGAAACGUGGUGAAAUCCUGGGCGAGGGGGGGGGGAAUGCACCGACACCAUUAUACCCAGCAGUACCCCCAAUCGCACUGAGAUACGUUCCCGCGGUUUCUGCCAGUGGGCUCAAGAGUAGACUUCCCUUAGCUCUACUGGCUUAUAAAUAAUCACAAGUCGACAUAACUUUUUAUUGAUCUUCAGAUGAUUAAUAGGGUCUCAAUGGGGAGAUGACUUUUAUUUUCAAGUUUGGUCAUUUUAAGGCUGACGGUUAAUUUUUUCCGUCACUGUUAAAAGAAAAAGUUUAAGGUUAAUUUUUUUUGCGAGUAACUGUGAAAAUAUGUCAAUGGAUUUUUUUACCAUUUUACGGUUUACGGUUAACCCCAUUGAGACCCUCUUUUAAAUAAGAUCCUUUCUAAGGAUAGUUUUGUGAUCGCCAACAGCAAUCAGAAGAAACAAGAGGAUGAACUAAAAGCAUUCAAAGCUCAGUUAAACAGGUUUGUUAGUUCUUGUGAUUGCCUUUAUUCGAUUCAUUCUUCAGUUCAAUACCAAGUGGUUAUAAUGGUUAACUGUUUUAUUUUAUCCAGUGAAAGGUGUGAAAAGCAGGAAGUAGAGAGGAAAAUGAACGAUGAACUCGAAAGGUAAGAAUCUUGAACAAGCGUUACCAUUACAGGUAGGAACAAAUCAAAAAUGCCAGCCUACAGCCAAGGAAAAUUUUUGGAUGAAUUGUUUUCUCGUGCAAGGAGAAGCAACUGUUAGACAAUCGUGUUUAGUGACGUCGGCGGCCUGCGCCGAGUCUACCGUUGUGAUCAUGAUUGAUUGAAGAAUAAAUUCUUGUUUUGACCAAAAGCCGAGUUUUGUCUGAAAAGGCUAUGAUGAACAAUGUAGUGAUAGCAUAGGCUACAAUUGUUUUCCCUCUAGGAACACGUGAUCCAAAAUUAUUGUGCUCUCUGCUGCACCGAUACCUGGCGUUCGUUUCCUAUCCACGAGUUAAAGGAUAGAGGGAGGGGCUUUUUCUCCGCUCAAAUGAAUUAUUUCUUUCGAACAUAACACAUUUGCUUUUUAGGCUUUGAUAAUCAACCACAAUACAUUUAAUGCACCCGACGUGGGUAUGGCACCACUACAAGAUAAACUUAUCAACAGUCUAUGAAUUCAUAUGAGUAUUUAAUCUCUCCAAACUGCAUCAUCUUUAAAAUAAUUUAAAGGUACCAGUCAAUGAACAAGGAAUUAGAAGAAAAAUUGAAGGAAUCCGAAGAGAGCUUUACACGGUAAGUUGAUUUAAAGCCGAAGUAAUCCGUGAAUCCAUUCGGACUCUUCAAGUUUUUUUCCCUAGUUUAUAGCGAUAGUCGCGGCAAAAGUUAAGGUUGCUGACCAAGGCGUGUUAAUUUGAACUUUGCAAAUUUAACUUUCUUCAGGAAGCGCACUGCCAUUUUGAAUCUUUCAUUCUCAAGGCAUUCAAGGUUUGCUUGCUGAGAGAUCUUCAUCUUUCCUAUUCACUUCAGGCAAAUAAAAUCAUUUGAAGAGAAAGCUGCUAAAUCAAAAGAAGAAUUCGGAAGGUGUGUAUGAACAGAUUUUGGUAAAAAAAAUGUCGAUUUGAAAUAAGUGUAAAUUCCAAUUUUCAAGCUUACUGUUUUCCUUUUUCCCUUGUUCUCUUCGCUUUUGAAGGCGACUCGUGGAGACCCAAAAGAAGUUAUCACAAGCGGAGAUAAAUUUUGAGAAGUAAGAUGUUCAUUUAUUUGGAAACGUUGAUGUUUUCUGUGUAGGAAGUGCUUGAUCUUAAACGAAACACUGCAACUAGUUUCGCACCAACAAACAAUAACAAGUUCUCGUAUCUCGUUCCUCGGUCCUCGUUUGCCGUUUUUACCUCUUCAAUUACAUCCAUCGCCACAUCCAUGUUUCAGAAUUUAUUGUGUACUUAUUUGCUUUUUUUCAAAAUGCAGUUUCAGAGGCGAACAGGAGACGAAGUCAAAGGAAAAGGAUAUGGAAAUGGAAAGGUAUGACAUAACGAAAGAAAGACACCUUUUGUGUUUAAACAAAUCUUAUCAUUCUUUCUGAAGAAUCUACUGAUAUGUCUCUAGACUACGUAACAGGGUAGGGCAAUGUUUUUGUUCUUAAAACACUGCAAACUGAGAAAGCCAUCUCAUGUUUGAAUUCAGCUAAGUUUCAAAGUUAACUUAAGGCCUAUUUACACGGUACGACUUUGUCGCAUGCGACAAGCUUACGACAGGCCUACGACAUGACUUAGGACAAUUUACACGCGCACGACAUUUUCACCUACGACAUGCCAAAAUCGCGUGCAAUUCCGCUCGUUUCGGCCGCGGUCAUUAUUUCAAUAAUUUGCAAGAGAAGGAAAAGAACCUCUUCCUCGCUCCACAGUGAUAUCAUAUUCUCUGUUUCCUCAUCUGAGAAUGUAUUUUUCGCUUUGGAAGCAGUCUUCGACUUUCCGGAGGCGACUUCCUCCGCCAUUUUGACGCAAGAAAAUUUCACCUUCCUCCCCUACUCAGUAGAAAUUUGUCACAAAAUACGUCAUUUUCUAUCAAUUUCGGCUACGAUUGUCGCAGCGUUUUAAAACAUGUUUUAAAAUCCUACGACAUUUUUCGUGACGUGCACGACAGUCGUAAGCGAGUGGUAGGUUUGAUUUACACGAUACAAUUCGUAUCGUAGGCCUGUCGUAAGCUUGUCGCAUGCGACAAAGUCAUACCGUAUAAAUAGACCUUUAGAGAUGUUUCUAUUGACGUCGGGCGAAUGGUCAGCUAUGGGGUUGUAGAGCAGUUGUUACUGUGCAAAUUUGAAACUCACGGCCUUCGUUGUUCGUUAUCAUAAUUGUUUCAUUUUACUUUGAAUUGUCCCUCUGCAGGAAACUCUUUUCAGCAGAAGAAGAAGUAAACAGAUUGAAAUCGGAACUAAGCAGGUAAGAUCUACAGCCGCCAAACAAACUUCACAGUUUUUUAUAGAAGAGAAUCGUGGUUGAUAUUUGUAAUACUAAAUGUCUUACCCCGCUCGUAUUGGAAUUAUAUGUUCAUUAAUAAUAGUAGGGUCCUGUUUCUUAAUCACAAGUUUUGAUUACAGGCGGAAGUGAACGACGCAAAGUCCUGUUACAAUUUCAGAUACAAAAUAUGAAGACAUUUUGGAAACAAAAUAACCAUUGGCUGAACCUAUGAUUCUUGUUACAUACACCAUAGUUAUCACAUAAUAGGUGACCUUUUUCUACGCAAAAAUGAAUUCAAUAGUCAGUGGUCCAUACAACAGCGUGCUCAAAGCAUGCUUACACGGCAGGCGUAUAACGGUUUAACUUCUAAUGCUCAGAUUGGUAACCAAUCACAUUCGAGAAUUUUUUCGUAGUUUUGAUUAUUUUAGUUAUAUUUUGUAAUUUCUGCAGCUUACCAGAUCAACAUAAUCCUUUCUUUUCUGCAGUAGAACAAGCAACGAUGAUCAGUUGAAUGAGUUAAAAGCCCAAAUUGAAGUGUAAGUACCCUUAAAAAUAGGCGUUAGUUUAGAGAAAUACCAACGGUAAGACUUGCUGUUGAUGAAGCUGAAGUAGGCCACGCCUCGUUUACAGUUUACUCAACUAGGAAAAUUCAAAGCAAAAUUUCAAAAUUGUCGUUUGCAAUCCGUGUGAAUCUUUUACAUCCCAAAUCAUUCUGGUUCUUUUUCAUCAUUCCCAUUUUGGUGUCUUUCUUUCUUAUCAACCUAGCAUUUGACAGUAACUUUGUGUGCUGCUAUUUUCGUUUCUUCGUGUUCUAGAUGGCGAACUAAAUACGAAGAUCUGGUCCAAAAGAUUGAGCCCUUCAAGGUCAGGUCAUGCUUUAAAACUCUACAUCACGGCAACCGAACUCUCCUUGAUAAAUCUAGAAAGGCCCCCGAGGUUAACAACUCAAUAAAACAUGACCUUUGCCUAGAAAAGUGUUGUAACGAUAGAUUUCUGUUAGUAAUUUUGGACCAACAGGCUUAAGUAUGUUUGAAGAAGGGGCUUGACUUGUCUUUUUACUGCUAUGAGGUCAUUCGUGUCAUCAUUCAAAAAUUUUGUUAUAACGGUAAAUGAACAUUUGUUUCGCUUCUCAAGAGGUAUUAGUGACGCUUAGUUUAACUGUCGUAGGAUCAACUGGAUGAAUACGAAGCUGAAAGAAACGCUCUCCUCUGUCAGAAUAACCAAGCAAAGGACGAGGUAAAAGAUGUUUGCAUCGCCAAGCCUUACCUGCGAUCAGGCAUUCUUUUUUUCUGGGUGCACGAUGGUGUAUUUAGGAGCCUGAAUAAAGAACACUUUAUCGCAGGUUAUGCCAGGUCUCACCACUAACAUAUGGACUGAUAUAUGAAUGAGAGAUUUUGAUUAUAUAUUUUUUACUUUUUUAAAUUCCUGAUUCAUUUACUUAUUUUUUCAUAGAGCGGUGAGCGGGCAGUUAGCUUAUGAGGCUCUUGUGGUAAUAGGGCUUGCUCACUUUCUUUUCUCACCCUCCCCACCCGUGAGGGUUGUAACGGCUCACUGUUCGUCCAUUCCCUAAUGUGCUCACUGAAGGAAACAACAUGAGUGUACUUGUUUCAAGGGCGGAGCAAAUAAUUUUUAAAAAAAGGGGUCCAGAAAUCUUAGAAAUUUUUCACAGUGUAGCCGAAAUAAGCUGAGGCAUAUUUCAGGGCAAUUUAAUGAAUUUCAAACACUUCAGAUUGAAUUGUAACAUGCGAUUCUUUUGGUGCGAGAAUUUUGGUGUCAGACAAGUGGUAAAAAUACCAUAAUAGGGUAGAGGGGGGGGUCUGCACCAGCCUUAUCCCACUCUUUGGAUCCAUUGUGCAGUUCAUCGCAUGUUCUAUUCACUACUGCUGUAGGUUGCCAAGCUAGGCCAGCAGUAUGCCAAGUUACUCGGUCACCAGAACAAGAAGCAAAAGAUACAUCAUGUUGUAAAGCUUAAGGAGGAGAAUAACAGUCUCAAAGCUGUGAGUACUCUCAAGCAACAUAAGAUACAGUCUAUGGCUGCACGUGCCUACUUUUGUAUAGCUGUUGAGUAUUGCAGUAAAAAAGCAAUGUGGUGUGAAAUGCAGAGGGGUUAGUGAACAACUCUUGUCGAUGCCAAAAUUGUGACUAAAGGAGAACUUGGUUAGAACAGAGUUUGUACACCGGUCAAUUGACAGGCUGGGGUCUGGGCGAGAAAUUAAUAGAAGAGGUACACCAUCAACUGUGUCAAAUGAAUUUUUAUACAAAACUUCGCCUCUUCGUACGCUUUGCGUACCUAGCGAAGUGAAUCUCGUGUCAGAGGGUGUAAGGUUCGACCCCUGGCCACAUGAUUUUUUUUGUUUUUGUAUUUCUUUUCUUUCUCCUUUUUUCCUUGGGAUUUACGUUCUUCUUUACAAGAUAUGUUGGAUAUGUUCCGAGUAAAACGCACGUGCGAGAACGUUUGACGACUUAGCUCUUUCGUUCAAAUCGAUAACAAGUCGAAACUCAGUGACACCCUGAACUAUGGCGUUCAAUCCCCGCCAAAAUUCAAGUCUUGUUUUCAAUAUUCAAGUUUAAUUUUCAAUAUACGAGUUUUAUCUCAACAUUCAUUCAAGUUUUAUUUUCAACAUUCAAGUUUUUGAUUUGAAGUUCAUGCUUGACUGUCUUGGUCAUGCAAGCGCACGUUGCGAGCGUCUCACGAUAGUCCGCCAUAUUGAAAACCGUGGGGGGCUUGGGGGAAGGUUUACACAACACCAUAACGUAGUGCCUACGGCCUUCCUGGAAGGAAGCACAAUAGGCACGAAAAUGCUCCCUUCCCCUCCCCUGCACAUCACAUUCUACCGCUUCUCUUGACGACGGGCCAGACCUAGGGAGGCUCGCGACAAUCCCUCUCCACCCUCCUCGAAGUUAAAGAACUUACUUCGCCCUCUCACGUUCUUAACAAGAUUUAACCUUAGUUGGUCAUUUGCAAUCCUUGUAAAACAUUCCUAUCCUUAAUCAUCCUCUUUCGUUUUUGCUGCAUUCCUGCCUCUUUGGUGUUUGUCUACACACUUUUGCGAAAAUGGUUCUCGAUUAGUUUAAACGCUGGAGAACAAUUUUUUGAUCGCACAAAGUAGGUCCUUUCAUCGAAGAGGAUCUCUGCCCUGUUUUGUGGUCACAUGAUACUGAGUUCUGUUGAAAAGAUUGCGAUAGGUGAUCGAAUUGUGUUCAAGUGUAUGGCCGUGCUCGCAAGCCAACUCUGUUAUUGAAAAAGCACUUGGAUUCUGCUGAAGGACUGGUAAUUUUGAAGGAAAUAUCAGAUAAUCUAACGAACUUUAGGUAUAUCAGACAUUUGAUCGCUACAAACUCGAUUCUGUCUUAUCGUCGGGUCAGAGUUGUUGCAGAAGAGUAUUCGUCCAAUUACGGGUUAAUUUGUCGAUGUAUAUGUGGAGUCACGACGGCAGACGUUAUAUCAAAGUGGAAUUUCUUAUCAAGCCCGCUUCGUGAGGACAAAAAACCUUCUGUAUAAGCAGAGAAACGAAACGAAGGAAUAAUUUCCAGAAAUCGUUGUAAGACUCAAAUAUUCGCUACAAGUGAUGACAGAGAGAAGCGAUUGCAUUGAUGCGAGCUGAGGUAAGAGAGACAACUCAUAGCGAGAUAAAUCCAUGGGAAUUUUGAUCAGUUAUGAAACUGAUGAAAGGAGAAUGACAUUCUAUGCAAGAUUUUACGGGUCAUACGAAUCCAGGAAAUUCAGACCUAAAUACAGUUCAGUGAUAUGGGCGAUAGACAGACGUUCGGGUGAAAAAUUCCACUUUCAUCGCUGCUGGCAUUUGUUUGUUUUGAUUUGUUUGUUUUAUUUUUGUUGGAUUCUGGCCAGUGUUUGAGACCAGACAUUUGAACACAGUUGGAAAUUUUUGUCCGUACUCUGACAUACGAGAGAGUGCAUGACACUCAGUCACAAAACCCCGCGAAAUAGAGCUCGCACAAGAAUCAAUGACAUCUGGCAAUUCGAGGGUAGUGCUCUUGCGUACUAGAAUUCAUUAGUUCAUUCGUGCUUGUUACCCAAAUUAUAUAUCAAAUUGUUCCAUACGCUUGUUUAAGAGAUACGCUCGAGACUUUCUACCGAUCAGGAUUUUUGUAAUUGAUACUUUAAAAACCCUUGCUUCCAGCAUAUUUCUUAACCAAGCACGGUGACCUAUCUUUUUCAUUGUAUUUUUUGAAAUUAUAACAGACAUUGGUAGGGAACAUUACAGGAAAGUUUAAAAAAAUUGUUCGAUGAAUUUCAUUUUCUGAGUAUUGUAGAUAUGAAUCAAUCGGCGAUUGAAACAAAUUCAACAGUGUCUUCGGAGUUCUUCACCCAAGUUUCGUUACUAAAACAACUCUGGUUGUAUGUUAUCUAGAGCUUGUGUGCGCGGCCUGUAUUGAGAAAUUAAUGGUCAUCUACAUAGCAAAAACAUACAAAGAACUGCAAAAAAAAUAACCAUUUGUUUACCUCAUCAUAAACAUGGCCAUCGCAGACAUUUUGGAUGCUUGUGUCGCUACAAUACUCUCUGUAUCAUUUUCCUUCUUGGGAUCGCGAUGGUUUUCGGGAUUGUUUGGUAAAAUUUCCUUGAAGUUGGCUUAUUUCAGCAUAGUUUUUUUUCACUGGACUUUCGAUCUUCACGCUGAUGAUCAUGUUCUAUGCUAUUCCUUUAAUUGCUAUAGCUACGUCCAAUAUUGUCAUGCAGUGUGCAGUGGGAGUAUGAUUGACUGAUUUUAUUUGAUUGGGUCUGUUCUGAUAAAUAUUAUAGCUAUUAAACUACCCAAGAAUUUUAUAUAGCAGCACCUGAAUCGGCGCUCUUUUAUUGAUUUCCCCACAAAAUUUCAUCCAGCCAGGCUUUGAUUCAGCCAUGAAAUGUCAGAAAUUAUAAUUUUGAUUUGGAAAAAAAAUCAGUAAGCGUAGGGUUUUUUUUUUUCUCGGUUCUCUUCGGGAGAUUAAACUGCAUUGUUUGUAAAAAUAAAAAGAGUCUCUUUCCCGGUUCAGUUCGUUCUGCGAGCCUCGAAAUGGUUUCAAAAUUAUUCCAGAUGUAAACCCUGGAGGGUUUACACCUUGCUGCUCAAUCCGCUGGUGGGACUUGCCUCUCAAAAACAUGAGGGGCCAGUCGUGUUAAAUGUUAGAGGGGAACAUUUUCCAGAUGGCGUAGAAUGCGUCGGCCUGUGAAACUAGAUACAGCCUUUAUUUUUGCACUUGACAUCCAGAAACACAUCUGUACUCUAAUUUUAGAAAGCAGCUUAAGAAUUAUUAUUUACGCAUUUAAGUAUUAUUAUGCAAUUCUUACAUUUCUUACAUAACUUACGAAAAUAGCAUCAUUCAUAUUAGUGAAAGGACCUCUUGUUGCAGCAUUUAGAUCACCCCUGAUAAAGGCACUAGACAGGAGUGUCGAAACGUUGGGUCUAUGAUUGUAACUUCUUCGUUUACAUUCAUUAAAUCUGUAAACCAGAGUAGCAUCAAACCGUGUCUCAUACUAGUUUCUUUACGAAGUGUUCGAAUGCCCCACUGUCAGAAAUGUCACACAAUUCCAAAAAUUAUUUUGGCUUUUUAUUUUGAAGAAUUUUCCGAGCGUCUGCCGUGAACUGCAAAAUCGCUACGUUCUCGACACUUCGAACACAUUUCUAAACAAGUGACUCUAUGGUAUACACAAGUUCAGAAAAUUCGCGCGCUAAAAACCAAAAUAAUGUUUGCAAUCGCUUUACGUUACUUGACAAACAUCGAACACUUUCAUUAGGUUUGCAUGUGGUAUUCAGUGCGUAAAUAUUUCUGACUGUCGGGCAUCGAGUCCAUUUGGACAAACAUCAAAAUUUAUACUAACUUGAUAAGACACCUUUAUCGAGGUAACAGUCUGAUAUAGAACGAAACAUGGUCAUCACUAGGGUAGACAAACACCGGAGAAGCAAAAAUAGGGGGCAAAUGAACAAAAAUAGCCAAACUGAUGGUGUUAGCAAGGCUUGCCUAGUUCUGAGGCGUGGUCAUCGGUUUCUUUGGGUCGUCUGGUCCGAUCAAAGUGAAUUGGCCGUGAGGGCUUGGGGGGAAACUGUAAAUGAAUUUAAGCAAAAUUAUAUGAAUUACUCUGAAUUGUAGUUUAGCCAGUACAUGAAUCAUGUUUGGAAAUUUCACUAAUUUCCAGGAAAUAACGAAGCUUAGGGAACAAACUGAAAAACAAAAGAGGGCCAUGAAAAAACUUGAGGAGAAACUGGACCUAGUUAGUGGAAAGAAAAAGUUUAAUACUACGGAGGCCUUCUCUCACAGCAAGAAGGAGAACAUGCCGCUAUCGGUUCUUUCAAAUGGU